CUCUGGGGCGCGGGCCUCAGUUCCGGGCUACAGCAGCCGUCACCGAGAGGCACCGUUUCUUCUUAAAAGAGAAACGCUGCGCGCGCGAGGUGGGCCCCUGUCUCCCAGCAGCUCCGGGCCUGCUCGCUAGGCCGGGGAGGCGCAGGCGCAGGCGCAGUGGGGGUGAGGGCGCGUGGGGGCGCACAGCCUCUGGUGCGCAUGGCUUCCUCCCCGGCGGUGGACGUGUCCUGCAGGCGGCGGGAGAAGCGGCGGCAGCUGGACGCGCGCCGCAGCAAGUGCCGCAUCCGCCUGGGCGGCCACAUGGAGCAGUGGUGCCUCCUCAAGGAGCGGCUGGGCUUCUCCCUGCACUCGCAGCUCGCCAAGUUCCUGUUGGACCGGUACACUUCUUCAGGCUGUGUCCUCUGUGCAGGUCCUGAGCCUUUGCCUCCAAAAGGUCUGCAGUAUCUGGUGCUCUUGUCUCAUGCCCACAGCCGAGAGUGCAGCCUGGUGCCCGGGCUUCGGGGGCCUGGCGGCCAAGAUGGGGGGCUUGUGUGGGAGUGCUCAGCAGGCCAUACCUUCUCCUGGGGACCCUCUUUGAGCCCUACACCUUCAGAGGCACCCAAGCCAGCCUCCCUUCCACAUACUACCCGGAGAAGUUGGUGUUCCGAGGCCACAAGCGGGCAGGAGCUUGCAGAUUUGGAAUCUGAGCAUGAUGAGAAGACUCAAGAGGCCAGGUUGCCCAGGAGGGUGGGACCCCCACCAGAGACCUUCCCACCUCCAGGAGAGGAAGAGGGUGAGGAAGAAGAGGACGAUGAUGAGGAUGAAGAGGAGAUGCUCAGUGAUGCCAGCUUAUGGACCUACAGCUCCUCCCCAGAUGAUAGUGAGCCUGAUGCCCCCAGACUACUCCCUUCCCCUGUCACCUGCACACCUAAAGAGGGGGAGACACCACCAGCCCCUGCAGCACUCUGCACUCCUCUUGCUGUGCCGUCCUUGUCAGCAUCCUCAUUGAGUUCCAGAGCCCCUCCACCUGCAGAAGUCAGGGUGCAGCCAGAGCUCAGCAGGACCCCUCAAGCGGCCCAGCAGACUGAGGCCCUGGCCAGCACUGGGAGUCAGGCCCAGUCUGCUCCAAGCCCGGCCUGGGAUGAGGACACUGCACAGAUUGGCCCCAAGAGAAUUAGGAAAGCUGCCAAAAGAGAGCUGAUGCCUUGUGACUUCCCCGGCUGUGGAAGGAUCUUCUCCAACCGGCAGUAUUUGAAUCACCACAAAAAGUACCAGCACAUCCACCAGAAGUCUUUCUCCUGCCCAGAGCCAGCCUGUGGGAAGUCCUUCAACUUUAAGAAACACCUGAAGGAGCACAUGAAGCUGCACAGUGGUAAGGGAGGUCCAGACGGGCUCCAUGAUUUGGAUAACAACUACUUAGAACCUGAGCCUCCUGACUUCCAAUACUGGUGCACUCCGACACCCGGGACUACAUCUGUGAGUUCUGCGCCCGGUCUUUCCGCACAAGCAGCAACCUUGUCAUCCACAGACGUAUCCACACUGGAGAAAAACCCCUGCAGUGUGAGAUAUGUGGGUUUACCUGCCGCCAGAAGGCUUCCCUGAACUGGCACCAGCGCAAGCAUGCAGAGACGGUGGCUGCCUUGCGCUUCCCCUGUGAAUUCUGCGGCAAGCGCUUUGAGAAGCCAGACAGUGUUGCAGCCCACCGUAGCAAAAGUCACCCAGCCCUGCUCCUAGCCCCUCAAGAGUCACCCAGUGGUCCCCUAGAGCCCUGUCCCAGCAUCUCUGCCCCUGGGCCUCUGGGAUCCAGCGAGGGGCCCAGGCCCUCUGCAUCUCCUCAGGCUCCAACCCUGCUUCCUCAGCAAUGAGCUCUCCUCCAGCUUUGGCUUUGGGGAGCCAGACUCCAGGGACUGAAAAGGAGCAAUGAGGAGAGGGUCUGCUUGAGAACGCCAGAUGAUUGGUCCCCAAGAACUAAGGUGACAGAGUGCAGCGUGGGGGCAAGACUGGGCUGUAGGGGAGCUGGACUACUUUAGUCUUCCUAAAGGACAAAAUAAACAGAGUAUUUUAUGCAGGCA